AGGAGAAUGAGGAUCCAGGUGCACACCCCGUCAGCAUGGACACCGAAGAACCUGUGCUGUCUGCAUCGGAAGUCCAGGUCGUGGACCCGGAUGUCCGCGCCCAUGUCUACAGUCUUGUCACUGCGUUGGGUGGUUUCAAUGGAGAAGAUGCCGACCAGUAUGUGCUGGGUGAUGAUGCCCUGGCCUGUCUCCGGGAUAUCAAGCGCUGGCUGAAACUCUACGAUGAAAAACACAAUCGGAUGGAUGUGGCCCGAUGUCUGGGAGAGGCCAAUCUGGUCAACGGCGACUUGCUACCCAUCCUGUCGGUCUGGGCCAACAGCAAAAAACAAACCAAGUAUAUGUCGAGGAUUGCAUUGGCGUGUUUAGAGCUGCUUGUUCCGUUGACAUGGCCGGUAGAGCUGCACGGUGAGAUGACGGUCAACCAUCAUCGGCAUAUCCCAUACAUACAACAUGUCCACGUCGCCUAUAAGCGAGGACUCCUCAGUCAUGCCAGCACCAGCUAUCUCCGAACCAUUAUCAGUGUUGGCAUUCCAAGCAUGGCCAUUCCACGCUCCGAACGGACGACCCGCGACGAAGGUAUCCUCAAACUGAUGCUCUACCUGCUUCGAAAUAUCGCUCUGAUUACCCCCAAUACCCGACUCGCGGCAGAAGGCGAUGAGGAGGAAACAUCGAGAUCCGCGACCAUCAAUGCUUUCCAGGACCAAGACGCCUUCGCACUUCUCCUUACCAUGUGCUCCAACGUUGGCGACGACUUCACUAUGCAAGAUGUGGCCCUUCUUGAGAUACUAUUCCAUCUGAUUAGGGGAGUCAAUGUCGAGAAACUAUUCAUGGACGAUGCUCAACGAACGGCCAAACGGACGGACGAGCUUGAUGAUUUGCUACGGAAGGAGUCAUCUUUGCGGAGAGAGUACGCGAAGAAUGCCCCAACUCGACAUGGCCGAUUCGGAACGAUGAUCUGGGUCAAGCGCGAUGACGCCAAGUAUUCGACUGUGUCAGGGCAAAACGUCCUCAAGGACAGCCAGGCGACCCUCCAGAAGAUGGACGAAAGCAAGAAGUGGAACAAGCCCCAGUUUCGACGGAAGCCACAGGAUCUGACGGUGCACAAUGACUUCAACACCCCGGUUCACCUGAACUCGACCGCCUCCAACAACCUGCGGAUGUUCGUGGAAGAGUUUCUCGACUCGGGUUUCAACCCUCUUCUCACACAUGUGCGGAAGGCAAUUGAGCGUGAAGCGGACCGUGUCAUGGAUAUCAAUACCCGCCAGUUUCUCUACACUGUUGCCUGGUUUCUCGAGGCAGAGCGUGCACGGCGCGCGCGUCAACGUAAAAGGCACUCGGAGAGCGAAAAGCCAGCCAAGGAACUGGAGCCAGAUAGCUUUGGACUCGUCGCUGGUGUGCUUAACCAAGAAACCUUCGUCUUCCUGAAUCGCGCCAUGCAGUACGCGUUGGAUAACAAGGACUGGGAAGACCUCAAUGCCGGCAUGCGCUGCUUCACCCAGAUCUUGUUGACCGUGCAGGACAUGGCCCAAUCUCCGCUCGAAGAAGACCAAGAGAUCGCCGAAAACAUCCAAAACCGGAUCUUCUACGAAGAAACUACUCAUGACCGCGUCCUAGCCGUCAUCCGCGGAUACAAUGACCAAGGGUUCGGCUACUUGGAUGCAUGCACCGAACUUACCCAUGUCUUCCUGCGAAUGUUGGAACGUUAUUCGAAAGAGAACGUCGAUCUGCAAGUACGAUCUCGGCGACGUGCGAGGCGCAAAGCCAAGGAAGUAGAGGGGGCUGGGAUGGAAGAGAAUGACGAAGGAAAUGGCUCGGAAGAUGAGGAUCUGAUGGAAGCCGAAAGAGUGUCGAAAGAGCGCAAGUUCGAUUUCCGACGCUUUACUGCCAGGUUCUGCAACCAGAAAUGUGUUGAUACGUUCAUCGCGUUCACCAAGCACUACCGGGAGUUGAAUUCGGAGCAGCUCAAACGCGCCCACCGUUAUUUCUACCGGAUUGCAUUCAAGCAGGAGAUGAGCGUUUUGCUAUUCCGUCUCGACAUCAUCAAUCUCUUCUACCGAAUCAUCAAAGGGCCAGGCGCCUUGGAUUCGAGCAAACCCAUCUUCAAGGAGUGGGAAGAGCUAGUGCGCCAGAUCAUCAGGCGGCUGACCAAGAAGCUCGAUCAGCGUCCGGCUCUGUUUGUGGAGCUGCUCUUCAGCAAGAUCAACUCAACCACAUUCUACCUCGAAUAUGGACACGAGCGACAGACUCUCCCCACCGUCCGAAGGGCUCCGGCUGAGCUUGAAAUCGACCCCCGACAAGCAAGUACAAUCGAGGAGAAGCUCAGCAUCAUGGUGCCUGCCCUGGUCUUGGAUGGGGAGGCGGAUCUGGUCACCUGGGUCAGUGAGGUCUUGGGGUCGGCUUUUGAAGAAAGGGAGGCCUGGGAAGCCCAGGAGAAGGCCCUGCGCGACGCAGGUGCGGAGAGUUCGAAGAUCCCCAACCCCAUGAUUGCGGUGAAAGCGCGUGACGAGGCAUGCCAACAGGCGAUGUUCUCCAACGCCAAGCUCCGGCUCCUGAUGACACUGGUCAAGUUCGAGCGGCUCGGUGUAGAGGAUGUGCCCGGCGCAUCCUGGGUCAUCCCCUCAACGACGAGGGCUCAGGAUCUCCGGGAGAUGAAAUCAUUCAUCGACAAGUACUUGGAAAAAGCCUUCAGAGGAACACUUGGGCGCGACCCUCGUGAGCUGAUCCGACGCAAAUAUGGCGGCAGAAAGCUCGCCGACAAUCACGACAACCCUGAUAUUCACUUCGGGUCCGAUUCGGAGGGUGAGGAGGAGGUCCCGGAUGGGCCACUGUUCCCACCCAACCCUCGAUCCCGGGCGAACCCGGCCAAGGAACCCCAGAAGAAGAAAAAGCGCAAGGGUCGCAACGCGGAUGAGGACGAUGAGGACGACGCCGUGGAUGAGGAGACGUUGGAGGAGCGUCGUCAGGCCCGGUUGGAAAACACACGCGCUCGCCUUGCAAAGAUCAAGAGUGAUCUGUACGUGCACGCUAGUGACGAGGACACCGACGAGGAAGCAGACAAGGAAUUUUUCCUCCUGGAGGAGCAGAGGCGCAAAGAUCAAGCCCAGCGAGUGAAGAAAGCGCUGCUUACUGGGAUUACGGAGGAUGCGGCCGGUGCAUCAAGCAAGACAGGCCAACGCAAGCGCCAAAACAAUCGGCUGAGCACCCAGACGGGUGAGGCCCAAAGCAAGCGGCAACGGCGUGGGGAGACCGAUGAGGAGGACGAAGACGACGAUGUGGUGAUGGGCGGCGUUGAUGUCUCGUCGCCGCCGCAGUCGGAAAGAGAGGGCACGCCGUCUCGCGAGAUGGAGGAUGACUUCGAUUUCGAUGAUGACCUGGCAUUCAGUCGCGAUCGGGGGAAGGGGUUGGGGUCGCUUGGGGACCAGAAUCAGGACUCGAACGAGCCCGACGAUGUCAUGGCGCCGGACGAGGAUGAAGCUGUCCCGAUGGCUGCAGCCAGUCGCAGACGGGUGCGCGCGGGCUUCGUGGUGGACAGUGACUCGGAAUAGCAUGUCUGUCCUAUGUAUCUUCAAGGCAUGAUGACUGAUGAUGCGGAGUUUGGUGUCAAGCAUGGAUCCGGGCAAGGGCAAGGGCAAUGGGUGGGCAUCUGUAUAUGGAACCAAAUCACAUGGAUAGACAAUGGCAUCGUUUGUGCAGCCCUCCACUCCAUGCGUGAGCCAUCCUCGACUCGAAAAGAGAGGAUGUGUGCACUGACCACUUACACAAGCACCUCUGUUGCAUCCACUUCAUCACCAUCACCAUCACCCAGGCAGUUGGAG